AUCACUCCUAUGUCAGUCACGUUUCCGAACGCAGCCCAGUACAGUAGUACAGCAAUAAAGAACAAAUUUAUAACCUAACAAAGUCCUGCAAUUUCUAUUUCUAUUAUGGUUUACCGAAAUGAAUGAAAAUUGGUGUAAUCCGGAAACAAUUGUUUUAUUGAUAAAAAAAUUGAUUGAAAUUGUAAAAAAUAUAUUGCGUGUAUCGCACAAUAAAUUUUACAACAAUGAGGUUCGGUAAAAGAGGUUCGUCCAGAACGUCGAUGUCGUAUUUUUGGAAAAGAAAGGAGUUUCAAAAGAUUCUCACAACAAAUCUGGGCUUAAAUUCCGCCGAUGUCGAGGAGUUUAUUGAUAUGAACAAAACUAUCCUUAAUUUUCCCCGUCAUCGGUUAAUAAAUAACUGCUUGAUAUGUCAGAAAUAUGAUGUCAAAGCGAGUCCUCUGCUGAACUUUGGAUAUUGUCUGAUAUUAAGAAAUUACAAAUUAGAACAUAGAAUCAAUAUGCUGAAGGACAUUGGAGUGCCCGAUUUGAACUCGUCUCUAGUGGGCAAGAUGGUUUAUCUUUUCCGCAAACACAUACCUAUGUUCAAAGAGAAGGUCAAUAUUCCAGUCGAACAAAACAUUGCAAAGAAUAUAUUUGACAGACUGGGUCGAGAAGUUCCAAGUGACAUUUCCAAAUUGGAAUCAUCAAGCAACAGUUUGACAGUCAAUCAAUACUACCAAGCAUGCCUCUUACACUGCAAAACUCGAGUAUUUGAUCUGCCAUAUUUAGAUGACAAGAUAUUGUUGCACAAGUAUAUGAAAUUUAAGAGUAUAAGCAUGAUUGCGGAAACAUUAAAAAUACUCAGAAUUAAUCUCGAUUACAAUGAAGACCUGAUAAAAAAGAAUCCUUUUGUCAUUACUGCUCCGGCUGACAACAUCAAGUUGCUGCUGAAUACAUUCACAGACAUUUGUGGAAUACCGAUCGUGACGCUUUUAAGGAAAUAUCCCCGCAUACUUUUUGAGGAUUCUGAUAAUAUUAAGCGAUUACUAAUGUCAUUCAAACGAUACGACAUACCGGAUGAAUAUGUACAGAAAUAUAUGAAGAUUUUUCAAAUCGGCGACGACACUUUCCUGGAGCAGAUGGAGACGAUAAAGCGACAUCCGGAUUUGCACGUGUGGUGCAAACAUCCUCGAGUCCUACGGAUUAUCUUUCACAAGGAUAAGGCAAAGGAUCGCGUAGGUUAUCUCAACAUCAUAAAUCGCUCGAAAUGGGUUCGUCCCCAUACAGUCUUGUCCACUUCAAACGAUUUGGAAAGGUUUUUACAUACUGGCGCCAGCACAGUUCUAUCAAAAAAAGCUCUGAAACAUAUAUUUAUGCAAGAAUUGGGAGUGGAUAAGAAGGACCUACUAGCGAGACAUCCGCACUGGAAAACGGUCGGGUUUGCUGAUAUCGAGCAAAUGUUUAAAUAUCUGAAAACGCACUUUACGAUAAACGAGAUAUGCCAGAAUAUACACGUCAUACUUUAUUCACAGUGCAAGGUGGAGAAAGUACUAGCAGAUUUGAGGCGACGUUAUUCUCAGAGUACAGAGUAUUCAUUUACAAAUAGCCAGUAUCUUGCAUUAUGUCUGUAUAUCCUGGAAAAGGAUACUCAUUUCACAGGCGACGGCAUUUGGAAUAAUGAACACAAAGAGAAGCAACAAUCUUUGCUUUCUUCAGAAAAGGAACAUGUUGCAGAAAACGCUAAUGAUAAUACUGUAAAAAGUAUCAAUGACUCUUUGAAUAUCGAAGUUAAUCAUAAUAUAGAUGAUGAUGAUAUUUUGAGUACCAAAGACAGCAGUGAUAUGGAUGAUCAUGAUGAUUUGAAUGAUGAAAACGAGACAUCUAAUUGUAAAACAAAUCGACAACAUACAUGAUAUAAAGCGAACAUUUUCUAUAGAGUACUUUACAGAAAAUUAUUACAUAUAUAUAUAUAUAUACACACAUAUAAAGUUUAUAUCAACAAUAAAAUAAAACGCUAAUUAAUUCUGUCGCGGUAAAUAAUUGCCCAAAAAUCUUUUUUCUUGAAAAUGUUAAUAAUUUAAUA